GCAACUAGAAAAUAAAUAAAAAGGAAAACAAAAAGAAAAGGAAAAACCAACGACAACGGCAAAAGUCAAUUUGCAUAGCCAACAAUAGGAAAAACAAUAACUGAUAACUGAUAAUCGACAACCGAUCGCAAUCCUAAUUAGUUAAUCGAUUAUUAAUCGAUAACAACACACACCAAACACAAACAAUAACAACAACUACAGCAACAACAACAACAGCUAGCAGAGAUGGACUCGCUGGAGCGUUUAAUGCGCGCCGCGCCCCUGCCCCGCAUGUUAACCAGCGGCGUUGUGGCCACGGCCGCCGCUGCCGCUGCCAGCGCCGCUGCUGGCGUCAAGGGCGUCGUCGGCAUCGCUGGCCAGCAGCAGCAGCAGCAGCGAGCCCUGGUCCAUGCAUCGCUGGCGGCGGCCACAGUCGGACGCAAGGGACGCCAUCUGACCGGCACAUUUUGCCUGACCGGCGAUACCAUGGAGGGCAUUAUACAGUGUUUGGUAUUUCUCAAAGCAUUCUCGAGGGCGGGCUAGACAGAGAAAGAUGGAGAGAGAGAGAAGGAGGGAGGGAGAGAGAGAGAGAGAGUGGGAGUAAGAAGCCUCAGGCCAGGCUCAGUGCCAGUAUCCUACCCUUGCCUCCAUCCACUUGCUCC